AUGUCAGAGGCCAAGCUAGAACCUCAAGUUGUUGACAGUAAGGAAGCACCCAAGAAGAUCACAAAGGUCAAGGAUCCGAAAAAGGUGGAGGGAGGAAGGGAGUUGGCCAAGAUAUCCAAGGCGGCAAAGGAAGCAAAGGCCUGCAAGAGGUUGGAGGAAGAGCAGGCCCUUAGGAAUGCUGAGGACAGCGUUUUUGACCACUCGAGUCUUGGUGUGACGCUCGGUGUCGUUGGUCUAGCAGUGGCGGCAGUGCCAGUCCACUACGCCAGGAAGAGCUUGGUCGUUGAGGAGAGGGAGUUGGAACAUCAUCCGGUUGUCAUUGUUGACCAACCGUCGACUACCGUUGACAAACCGACACCAAAGAAGAACAGGUCCAACCUAUCUACCUCUGACUAG